ACGUGAGCAGUGCUCCACCUAAAGGACAUCGUUUGGAGAUUUAAUUUGCACCAACGGAUUUUUUAUCUUCAUCAAUCAAUCAGACAACUUUGGAAUGCUGAGGAUUUUCAUUUCAUAACUUAUACUUGACACCAAAUCUAAAAUCUGCACAAGAUGAUAAGGAGUGAUUGUAAAACAUCCAAAUAAUGCCAUAUCUGUAUUCGUGAUGACCAGUGUUACUUACCGGAGUCUUUUUUAAAAUUUGUUUUUGAUUCAGACUGAUUUAGACUCGGUAUAUUGAGCUGCUCCUGUAUGAUGUGCUACACUACAGUAAAUCAUGUUGGUUGGUUAGAUUGUAUAAAUGUUCCAUUGUAGGUUGGGGCUUAGAACCUCUGAGAUUUCAUUGCCAGUUGUCAACCAGUCGGAAAUCCGUCCUGAACUGUCCUAUAAAUCAUGCGAUCUUUUUUUUUUUUGACAGACUACAAGUAUAGCAAUUGUACAAUCUUACACAAGGCAUUCCUUUACCCCAGUACUCCUCAUUCUUAUACAGCGCAAGUGAGGCGUCAGUGGACGCGCCUACCGAACGACAACACAACUCCUCCAAUAUGUAUUAUGGCGUAACGGGUUUAUGCACAGCACAGACUAACGAAGAUACCCGAACAGGAACAAUACCCAAACUCCAGUGAUAAAAUAGGGAUGGAGUUUGGAAUUUCAAUGAAACGUAUCACCGAAUGAGACAAAUGGUAAAGUAUUGGCAGUUGCUGUAGCCUAACUACGUUUACGCCGUUGAACUUCUAAAAGUUUAGAUUUUGGGUGAUUCCAACUCGGAGAGGAUUGGCAGGACAUAGUAACUUUCAGCGACUGGAAGGAUAAGGACCAUCCCAGCUGUAUUUUACAAUCUCUGUUCUAAAACAACUGGAGGAACUGUGACCGGGAUAAAUACAAGGACAUUUGUGUCAAAGAAGUGCAAGGGCUUUCAGGUGAAUAAUCUAUGAGGACCUCUGCUUACACAUGGUAGGUAGUGUUGCAGCAUGGAGGACUACGACAAUUACACCUACGAUUAUCUGGAGUACGGAGACUUCGAUGAAGAAAAAGCCCCAGACGUAUACUCCCAGAAGGAGGCUAUGCACAUCAUAUCAGUCGUCGUGUAUAGUAUUUCAUUUGUGCUCGGCGUCACUGGAAAUGGAACAGUCAUAUGGGUGUUGGCAUUUAAAAGCAAACGGACAGUGAACAGUGUCUGGUUGCUGAACAUGGCUAUAGCAGAUUUAGUGUUUGUGCUAUUUUUACCCUUCUCUAUCGACUACGUCCUUCGAGACUUCCACUGGGGCUUUGGCCUGGUCAUGUGUAAGUUAAACUCCUUUGUGUCUGUGAUGAACAUGUAUGCCAGUGUGCUCUUUCUCACAAUGCUCAGUCUAGACAGGUAUGUCUCAUUGAUUCACCUUAGCUGGUCUCAGAGGUGUCGCAGUGUAUGGCGAGCCUGGAUCGUAUGUGGCUCUGUGUGGGGGGUGUCUGCUCUACUGAGCCUCCCUACCCUGAUAUUCCGUGACACUGUGAGUUACCGUGACCGGGUGAUGUGCUUCAACAACUUUAAUGACCAGGAUAGACAUACAGCUGCUGUGAGACACAUUACGUUGGUGGUCAUCCGUACAGCAGUGUGCUUCUUACUGCCCUUCAGUGCUGUCUGUGUGACUGGAAUUCUCCUGGCAAUCAAAGUCCACCAGUCUGACGAUUCUGUGAGCCUGUCUAGCUUUUCUAAGACAGUUUCAGCUGUCAUUCUGGCCUUCUUUUUGUGCUGGGCACCAUUCCAUAUCUUUAGUUUAAUGGAGCUUUCCUUCAACUCAUCACUGUACCUACAUGCUGUUCUGAAGACAGGCUUUCCUCUUGCUACGAGCUUAGCCUAUUUCAACAGCUGCGUCAACCCCUUCAUCUACGUGCUGGUGGGUAAGAAGGUUCGCCAGCUCCUGAAACGCUCGUGUCUGGACAUCACAAAGAGUUCUCUGCGGGAGCUCAACCAGUCCAUCUCUGCAACUGAAUUAGUGCCUGUAGCUGACAUAAGAGCUCCAUACAUCAGUGCACCACAGGAUCCCACAGAAUCAUCAACUGUUUGAUUAUACUGAUCUGAUCCCACAGUUACCUAUAGCAGAAACUGGCAGAAACUGCCAUUUGACCUAAAAGAACCAGCCUGACCAUUCUUUUAGUCCAAAUGUGACUUAUUUUAUAUUUUACUUAGUGUAACAUUUGUGCUAGUUGUUUGAGUUGGAUACUUCCAAGUAGCAAUUACUUUGAGUGCCAAGAUCUGUUUGAGUGCCAAGGUCUGUUUGAGUGCCCUCAUAGGAAAACUUGAGUAAAGACAUACGCUAAAAGCACAGGGGAAAAGAAGCAACUUUAUUUAAUGAUUUUAAAAAGAAGUAUCUGAUCCUAUUUACCCCGAAGACUAAUAGGAAAGGAGGCCACCCUUCCCCACUGUCUCUGGAAAAGACUGUCUCUGGAACAGACUGCCUCUGGAACAGACUGUCUCUGGAACAGACUGCCUCUGGAACAGGAAUGAUUAGAAGCAGAUCUACCAUUUUCAUAAACACUUUUGUAUUUAGAUUUCGGUCAUCAAACAAAUCCAAGUUUAACCCUGACGGGAAUUUAGUCCUUCUCUUUCUUGUUACGUUGAAAAGUUUCCCAUUACAAGUUGAUUUGCUGUUGUAGUGUACUCUGUUAUUAUAUGGCUGCUGUACACAUGAGACAAAUUCUAUUAGGCCGUUCUUUUUAUGUUGUAAUUAUAUUAAGCGUAUAAAUUAAUCUCAAUGUUUAAAUUACAUUUUCUAAUGGUGUUCACAUUGUCAAUCACUGUGUGCCAUUUGUUUUUUGUGGGAAUUUGAAAUAUAUGAGGGAAAUCUGGCAUGCAAUUGACUUGUUAAUUGUAAUAUACUUGAGUCAAAGGAAUAAACAAUGAAUCCAG